AUGGAUCCAUGCCGCCAUACCAUCAAAGUCGAAAGCCUGCAGAGCUGCAAGGAGAAAUGCGAACACUCGGAAGAGACCACUGGCUGCGCGGGCAUCAGUUACAGCCAUGAAGAGGAGGUCUGCCAGAUCCAUGUGGACCUGGUGCGCAGCAGCAAGCAGAUGACUGGCUACAUGUGUUUGCGCCAUGAGGCCCCCACCACCACUCGGACCAGCAUUACCAGCACUUCCGCUACCACAGUGAGUCGAACCAGCUCUACAGGGAGCACCACUAGCAGAAGCAGCACCACCCAGACCAGCUUCACCAGUACCAGGACCAGCAUCACCACUACGGCUCCCUAUUCCAAAGCGUGGGAACAUUCGCAGGAUUUGAACUGCUAUUGGGGUGCUGGUGGCAACUCCGCGCGGAACGGCAAAGACUUCAUUGGCUUACUGCCACUGGAAGACUGUCUCAAGGAGUGUGCGAAGCUGCCGGACGUCUGUGAAGCGUCGCUGUACCAGGAUACCGGUGGUCAUGUUGGCAACUGCUGGCUCAGGUCCCAAUUGGUGUUGCCGGAGUGUGUGAAAGUACCUGGCUAUAGCCUUUGGUCCUUCGGCUGCAUUGGACAUCUGCAGAUAUGA